UCUUUUUAUGCGCGAACUUGACGUGCAUUGAGGUGAGAAAACGGCGCGAGGCGAGCUUUGUUACCAAGCCUGGUCUUUCUGAAGGCAUACUUGGACCACUUUGUUUUUUUCUAAAACAAUGGCUUCUACAAGUGACAUUCAGGUUAAAGAGCUGGACAAGCGUGCUUCAGGACAAGCAUUUGAGGUCAUACUUGGGAGUCCUGCUUCAGAUGUCAAGAAUGAGUUCCUUCUCUCCCCUCCAAAGAAGAAGGAUCUUUCCUUGGUGGAGAUCCAGAAAAAACUAGAAGCAGCAGAAGAGAGACGCAAGUCUCAUGAAGCAGAGGUUCUGAAGCACUUAGCAGAAAAGCGUGAGCAUGAAAAGGAGGUGCUUCAGAAAGCUCUUGAAGAAAACAACAACUUCAGCAAGAUGGCAGAAGAGAAACUGAACCAGAAAAUGGAGGCCAACAAAGAAAACCGUACAGCAAUUAUGGCAGCUAUGAAUGAGAAGUUCAAAGAAAAGGACAAGAAGAUAGAAGAGGUUCGAAAGAACAAAGAAAUCAAAGAGCUCAAUGAUGAAGAAAACUGAUUUUUUAUUUUUUUUUUCUUUGUAAACUCAUUCAUCCAAAGAUUUUUAUUUUUUUUUCUCUGUUAAAAAGGGUUUCAUCAUGCCCCCCCUCCUUUUUUUUGUCUUCAAAAAAUGAGAAAACCAAUGCAGCUUUGUUUUGUAUAUAGCAGUAGUUUUACACCUUGGUUAUUUACAUAUCUGUGCUAUUUGGACUGUAGGAUGUCUUUUUCAGAUAUUUUCUGAACUUGGUGGGAAAUCCUGGUGUGCUUAACAUGCCUGUUACUGUCUGCAUUUCUUGAGCUUUUUGCUUUUAAGGUUAAGAGCUUGGUUAUGUACUCUGAAAGCACUUGACUGUUCUUUGUACAAGACCGAGAAAACAAAAGGUUAACAUGUCAACUUUACUGUACAAAAAUAAAAAUAAUGUAAAAUGA